AUGCAGCACAAACACGGAUUCCAACCCAAAGAUCCUCGUGUCAUUGAUGAAUACGCUCAAGAUUUCGAUGACGACGACGAUAAUCUCUUUGAAGGCGUAAGCUUGUCCGGAUCAUCCGGUACUCCAAAGCGGUGCACAGGAACCCAGGCUCUGGUCGAGUUCCUUAAUACAACCAGCCCCGAAGAAUUCCAAAAGAUUGCCCCAAAGCGGUCAACGACCAUGUUCUUUAGGCGACGCAAGAACAAAGCAUCAGGUCUCUCGUCUUCCGUUUCAGCUUCAUCCUCACCGUCGUCUUCAUCCUCUCCGUCGUCUCUAUUACUUACUCCACCUCCACCACCACCGCUCAGUACACACUCUUCGCCAACCACGAGCACACGGUCUUCAUUGUUCUCUAAACGGACCCCAGCAUCAAAAAAGAAGAAAUCAUCCACACGACUCUUGGAGGAUUCAUUUUUGGCAAACACACUUUUUGUGCCCAAAAGAAGAGAAAAGGUUGAGAAUGAAUCAGACAGAAAGGUGAUCUGUCACCGAUCACUGCCAGCCUAUGAACCUAGAAAUAGACGGGAUGGAGAAGACGAAGAUGAAGAAGAGGAAGAAGAGGAAGAAGAAGAUGAUGAUGGAGAUAAUGUGAAUAACAAUAAAGAUGGCUACAGUGAAAACAACAAUAGCAAACAGCAGGGUAGAGAUAAAAACGUGGCACUGGCAGACUCAGCUGAAAGAGAGACCGAGGCGGUGCUUGGUUCUUUUCCUCAGGCGGCAACCGAGGCAUCUAUUGUAGAGGCAGGAUUGAGACAACGGCUGGAACGGCUGAAGGUUUCGAACCAAGACAAACCGAGCAACGUGCUUGCUGGUGUGUUGGCCAAAGAACAUGUGCGGGCAUUACAUGCCUUGAAUCAAAGUCAACGGCAAGAAGAGGAACAGGAACAAAGGCUCAUUAGCAACAACAACAACAAUAACAAUUAUAAUAAUAAUACUCCGAAAAAUAAGAGAGUCCGCCACGUUCAGGUCCAGACAAUGAUAGCAGCAGCUGUUGGCAAUGGUGGUGGUGGCAAUAAUAGCAAUAGCAAUACCAGUAGUAAAAAAUCAAAAGGAGAUCGUGGCUCGGGUCCGGCAUCUGAUGCACCAUUACUAGCCAGCCACCUGGGUAAUCUUGAAAGAAUGCUUGGUCAGGAAAGACAGGAGCGUAAAAAAGCACAGGCGGCACUGGAAGAGACGAUGGAUCAUUAUGAGGCGUUGAGUGGAUUGGCGUACAAGAAGAUCCGGGAACUAUGGGAAGAAAAGGAGCGGUGGGAGCAUUUGUACAAUGAGCUUCGGGAUCGAGUGAACGGAGAGGCUGACGGCAAAACCGAAGCUAUCGCAAAGGGUUCAAAGGAUAAAGACAAAGAUCACAAUUUGAAACAAUACAGUCUCCAGCUGCGGAAAGAAUGAUAAAUUCUAAUAACCAACAGCUUAAUAAUUUAAUAAUAAAUAAUAAAUAAGAAUUAUAAGAAUUAUACUAUAAUAAUAUUAGUAUUAUUAUUAUAUAGAUAUUACACAAAUGUAUAUAUUUAAAUAAAUAAAUAAAAAUAAGAAAUAUAUAAUUUUAGUAUACCCUC